CCCCCCCCCCCCCCCCCCCCCCCGAGAUUCGAUUCAAUCUUAUCAAUCAAUCGAAACUCCAACCCAAGGCACCUGUUCCUAUACCCUAAAAUCCUCUUCUUACCUAUGAAAACAUAAAGACCUCUCCCUCCUCGAAUAAAAGGCCGAAAAGAAAAGCCGCGUCGAACAUGAAGCUGCUCGCUCUCACCCUCACCCUGUUCGGAACAUCCAUGCUCGCCCCAGUCGUGAUGGGCGCAGCUGUUGAUACGGGACCGGGAUUGAACGCGGGACCGAAUGCGCCAUCGAGUGCACCACCGAAUGCACCACCGAAUGCGCUGCCGGACGAGGAUGGCCCACACCCUCCCCGGCGAGACUGGUGCGCUCCGGGCUUGGUUUGCUACACCGAUUGGGAUUGUAGGAGGGAUCAAGAUUGCUCACGUAGGGUGUCAGAUUUGAGCCAAAUUUUCUGCGGGACAUUCUUCUAUCCGCGUUCUUGCUGGUAUAGGAAGGGUUAGAUACAAAGAGACGGGGAUCGUCUCGAGAGUGUUGGGAGAGGGCGGUGCUUUAUUUUGUUUGGUACUGUGCCCCCUUUGGUUGGAGAAGCAAAAGUUUGGUUUGGCGGGUUGUAUGUAUAUGCACAGAAGUGUUCAGUCGAUGGCGUGGGUAAGCGGAGAAAAAGAGACUUGUUUGUCUCUUGUUGUUGUUAUCACAAUACUAGAUAAGACCGGUCCUCCAUCCCGUGUAUAUAAAUAAAAUUGAUACAACAUGCUCCUUCGACAUAGAGGUAGAUAGCUCGCUCUUGAGUAAAUAAAAAGGUAUCUUUACAUCGAUGUAGUCAGGGUGAGGCACACUGAACAUACCUCAAAUCCAGUCAGGUAACUUUAGCAUACGCUGUACAUAAUCAAAUCAAUCAAUGCAGUGAGACUUUUGUUUUCCUUUUUGGUAAACAUAAGGGAAAAGCCCUCUUUUCCUUCGAUUUGGUGAUCGCCCCUCAUCCUCCCCCUUGGCGCGAAUGCGAUAUGUACUGUACAUAAUAAUGUUAGAUAGAGGGAUCCUGCAAGCACCUUUCGUAGUAAUAGCCUUCCUUAUAUGGUUUAAUGUCACAUAAAUUAACAUUCAGUGGCAUUUUUAAUUAACACCACUAUCACACAGAUGGAUCUGUACAUGUGAUGUUUCAGCAUGAAUUCAUAUAUAGUAUCUGCAUGUAAUUAGUGCUGUACAGCCUUCCUUAUUCAGUUAGUUAUAAUAAUUGAUAUUCAUCAUCUACUGUGAGGCA